AUGGCAACUAGCAAUGACUGUCAACACCAAGUUUCAUCAGAAUUCAAACAGACUCAUCAGAUUGAAUCAAAGAGGCCAUCUUCAGAGCUUAACAGUUAUCAAAAAGACUCACAGAGCUCAUCUUCAAAGGCAAAGCAACCCAAAGAAGAAGAAGAAGCUAAUGGUUCUUCAUCACCCAUUAGGACUGAGACAUUGGUGGAGGAAAGUGGAAGAGAGAGACUGAAGAGACAUCGGGUUGAGGUGGCUGGUCGGGUUUGGAUCCCUGAGAUGUGGGGCCAAGAGGAGCUGUUGAAGGAUUGGAUAGACUGCACUGUCUUUGAUGCUUCACUAGGGAAUAACAACUUAGUGUCAGCUCGUGCAGCUUUGGUUGCAGAGGGAAGAAAUUCUGGGAGAUUGAGAAUAGUGAACAGGUGUUGA